AUGUAUCAAUUAAGUGCUACGUUAAAAGGUCAUACAGGUGACGUUAGAGAUGUUGUUGUUUUGAACGACGAACAGAUUGGGAGUGUAUCAAGAGAUGGAUCCUUGAGAUUAUGGGAUAAAGAAGGGGCCCAACAACAAUGGGAUAGUAAGAUUCUUUAUACUGGUAAAGAGUUUUUGAAUAGUAUUACAUUUGAUUCUAAAGAAGGUGUCUUGUAUUUUGGGGGCAAGAGUAAGCUGAUUCAAGGAUGCUCUGUUUUUGGUAGUUUGGGAUCUGAGCCAUUGUAUACGUUAAUUGGACAUGAAAAUAAUGUUUGUAGUUUGGAGUAUCAAAACGGUAAGAUUAUAAGUGGUAGUUGGGAUAUGACAGGACGUGUUUGGGAGAAUGGUAUUUUGAAAUGGGUUUUACGUGGUCAUAAGGCAUCAGUUUGGGAUGUCAAGGAAUUGCCCGGUGGCAAAGGGGAUAGGUUUGUUACAGUGUCAGCAGAUGGUAGUAUCAAGAUUUGGCAAGGUGAAGAAUGUGUCAAGAAUAUUACAAGUGUUCAUAAAGAUGUGAUUAGACAUGUGGAAGUGCUACAAGGAGAAGAGGGGAAUGACGUGGAAUUGAUUACAUGUUCUAAUGAUGGUAGUAUGAAAGUGAUUGAUUUAGAUGGACGAGUGAAACAAGCGAUGCAAGGUCAUGAGAGUUUUGUAUAUUGCGUUCGAAAAAUGCCAGGAGGUGGAUAUGUCAGUUGUGGUGAAGAUCGUAGUGUUAUUGUAUGGUCGAGGGAGGGACAAAUUGUACAAGUAAUUAGAGUUCCAGCUAUUUCAGUAUGGAGUGUUGAUGUGAUGAAGAAUGGUGAUUUGGUAAUUGGAUGUAGUGAUAACACUUUGAGAGUGUUUAGUGAGGAGAAGAGUAGGAUUGCUCCAGAGGAAGAAUUAAAACAAUUUGGUGAAGAGAUUAGUGGAAGUUCAUUGAAUAAAGAAAGUAUUGAUGAAAAACAAUUAUCGGAGCCCGAAAGAUUAGCCAUGCCUGGUAAGAAGGAAGGUGAAGUGAUUGUAGUCAAGAGUGCGAGUGGAAUUGUAGAGGCAUAUCAAUACUCACAAGGUGAAUGGAAUAAAGUUGGAGAAGUUGUGGGAAGUGAUAGUAGUGUUAGUGAUAAAAAAGUGGAAUAUGAGGGGAAGAAAUAUGAUUAUGUAUUUGAUGUUGAUGUUGAAGAGGGGAAACCUCCGUUGAAAUUGGCAGUGAAUGUCAGUGAUAACGUUUAUGAAGUUGCUGAUAAAUUUAUUGAAAGGAAUGAAUUGCCAUUGAGUUAUCGAGAUCAAAUAGUUGAUUUCAUUUUACAAAAUACACAGGGGAUGCGAUUGGAAACACAGGGGAUGCAAUCGGGAACACAAGAGAUGCAGUCGGGAGCACAUCAGAUGAAAGUUUUACCCGUGAAGGAAUAUUUGAAAUUGGACAAGUAUAACAAGGAGAAUCUAUUUAAUGGUAUCAUAAAGUUGAAUUCCAAAGAAGAAGAAGGCAGGGGCAAGUUCGAUGAUGGAGAGUUGGCGGGUAUUUUGGAGAAAUUGGAUGAUCUACAGGGGAAUUGUGAAUUUUUAAGCACCAUGGCACAACGUAUGAAACGCGAUUGGAAAGUGAAAGUCCCCGGGUAUGAUAUAAUGAGGUUGAUUGUUAGAUAUUGCCGUGAUGAGAAUGUGAUUUCCGAGUUUAUAAGAGAUGGGUUACGCAGUGAAAACAUUAGUGUGGUGAUGUUGACGUUACGGAUGAUCACCAAUUGUUUUGGCAACUCACAAUUAGGAGGUAUGUUUUUACGGUCGAAACUGCAAGAGUUGAAUGUGUUACAAUUGGAAUACCAAGGGUCUACGAUUGCUCAAUCGAAGAUGUUUAGCAUUGCGUUAAGCAGUGUGUUGUUUAAUUAUUCGGUGAUGAAUGACGAGAGCACUGGUAUCGUGAUGAUUAUGGAGAUCUUGAACAAGUUUGGUGAAUUGGAGGAAUUCCAAGAUUGUGAAGAGACAUGUUAUCGGAUGAUGAUGACGUAUGGAAAUUUGAGCGUGCAAGAAGGUAGUCUUGGGACGAUGCGAGUUGGAUGGGUGGAGAUGAUUAAGGCGAAGUAUGGUAAGGUUGGACGGUUUGUGGAUGUGAUUGAAGAUUUGCGCGGGGCCGAGGGCGCAGGCGUUGGCGUUGGCGUUUAA